AUGGCCGCGGAAGGGCCCCAGCCACCGCAGCAUGUCCAUCAUUACGCCAGCGAUGUCGACGAUGCCGAUGUGGAGGAGACGGCGGACGAGUCGACUCCACAGCCAUCCAAUGGAGCGUUCGCAAAGAAGAAGCGCCGUCUGCCGAGGCGCAUAGGACAGUUCUCCGGCUCCGUUCCCUCUACUCCCAAGACGCGCACAGGCUCUCCCAGCGCACGUCGCUUUCCUUCCCUACCGCGCCGCUCGACCAUGCCAGACCCUCGCGACCGUGGGGCUGUGUCGGAAUCCGAAGCACGCGAGCUUUCUAGGCCCCCCGCCAUAAGAGGCCACUCACACUUGGGUAGAUCGGUUGAUGCGGAGGAGGCAGACGAUGCGGCAGACACGACCCGCAGAAGCCACUUCCGUGGCAUGAGUGUCUUUACAGGGGGAGGAGGCAUGUCGGACGGCGAUGCAUUACAGACUCCGCGGCGGCCACGUUUCGGAGGGGAGCGAUACUCGACGUUCGGCGGCCACAGAUGGAAACAAGUUAAGAAUACUUUGGGUCUUCUGCGGCACAGAAGAGGCGAGCGCAUCGACUACCUGAAGUCUACCGAACUUAUGGGUGAGCUCCGGGCUGGUGCGCCAGCCGUGGUGAUGUUUGCCAGCAUGCUUCAGCGUGACGAACAUGGCCACAAGAAGAUUCCGGUGCUUCUCGAGCAGGUUCGCGUGAACAUCAGCGACAGCGUGGUUCGCGGCGAUAGCGAACGACAUACCCUGUUCACGAUCCAUCUCGAGUACGGCAAUGGGCCGAAUCGUAUGAUCUGGACGGUGAAGAAGAGCAUUGGAGACAUCGUACGCAUGCAUCUCAAGUACAAGGGCAGCGUCACCACCGAGAGACUGAAACGUCCCGGAGCCCGCAUAGGACCAAAGCAACCCAAAUUCCCUGCCAAAGCCUUUCCUUACUUGCGAAGUAUCAAAGCCAUGGACUUCAGUGAUGACGAAGACGAGACACGCCCUGCUGAGACGCUCGAGGCUGUAGCUUCCGGUGAAAUGACGGCAGGAGAGGCCACAGCCGGCGAGAUGACUGCUGCCGAGGGUACUGGCACAGAAGCCGAGGGUCGCCCAGGGAAGAAGCGGAAGGGCUCACGAAUGAACGUCCUCAGUCCGAGGCGCAAUACCUCGAUGCCGGAAGACUCUACUGGAGCAGCGCCCGACGCCCAUGUCCAGGCUGCUAAAGACGCUGAUGAAGCGAAGCGCAAAUACGUUACGUUCCAGAGACGGUCACUGGAGAAAUAUCUUCGAGAAAUGAUACGCUGGCUCAUGUUCAGACCAGACAGCAAUCGCCUCUGCCGUUUCUUCGAGCUUUCCGCGCUGGGGGUGCGCCUCGCAGCAGAAGGCGGCUACCACGGGAAAGAAGGCUUCAUGCAGAUUCGACCAGCUAAUGGCAUCGUCAACCCGGCCAAGGCUGUCACUCGAAGAGAUCGCAAGUGGUUCUUGAUCCGACAGAGCUACAUAGCAUGUGUUGACUCCCCAGAGAGCAUCGACAUAUGUGACGUCGUUCUAGUCGACUUCAAAUUCGAAAUCAUUGCCAAGAAGAAAGGCCUCAAGCAGGUUGGGCGAAAGGGCUCCAAGAAGGCUAAGUCUGACCAGGACGGGGCGGAUGUCGGCGACGAUGAUGAUUUUCUGAAUGAUCCCAAGUCGUCAAAGAAAAAUCACCAUCACAAACUGACGAUCAUCAAUUCCGAGCGGAAGGUCAAGCUCUAUGCCCAGCAGCACGACCUGCCACAGUUUGAGGAGUCUAUCAAGCUAAUGAAGCAAAACUCGCCAUGGGCCUCUGACAAGAUUCGAUUCGCCAGCUUUGCACCUGUUCGGCGGAAUGUGUAUGCUCAAUGGCUUGUCGAUGGGCGCGAUUACAUGUGGAAUGUUUCGCGGGCCAUUUCCAUGGCGAAGGACGUGAUCUACAUCCAUGACUGGUGGCUGAGCCCUGAGAUAUACAUGCGGAGGCCACCAUGCAUCAGCCAGAGAUGGCGUCUCGACCGGCUUCUCCAGGCGAAGGCCCAAGAAGGCGUCAAGAUCUUUGUCAUCGUAUAUCGUAACGUCGAGGCCGCGGUCCCCAUCAACUCGGAGUACACGAAGAGGUCCUUGCUUAAUCUGCAUCACAACAUCUUUGUGCAGAGAUCCCCAAACCAAUACAAGAAGAACCAGUACUUCUUUGCUCAUCACGAGAAGAUCUGCAUAGUUGAUCACUAUAUCGCAUUUGUUGGAGGUAUUGAUCUGUGUUUUGGUAGAUGGGAUACACCCCAGCACAAACUCACGGAUGACAAACCGACAGGCUUUGAGCCGGACGAGGUCCAGAACGUUCCUAGGGAUGCAGAACAUGUUCAGAUGUUUCCGGGCAAAGAUUACACCAAUCCGAGAGUGCAGGACUUUUUCAACCUGGAUCGGCCAUACGAAGAGAUGUAUGACCGAUCGAAGAUUCCACGGAUGCCAUGGCACGACAUCUCUAUGCAAGUAGUUGGCCAACCCGCUCGUGACUUGACACGUCAUUUCGUGCAGCGUUGGAACUAUCUUCGUCGCGGACGGAAGCCAACACGGCCUUUGCCUUAUUUGCUGCCACCGCCGGACUUCCGAGAUGAAGACCUGGAAGCAAUGGGCCUCACAGGGACAUGUGAAGUCCAGAUUCUUCGAUCCGCGUCGACUUGGUCGCUGGGAAUACAACACACCGAGUGCAGCAUUCAGAACGCGUACCUUCAGAUGAUUGAAAAGUCUGAGCAUUUCGUUUACAUCGAAAACCAGUUCUUUGUCUCAAGCACCGAAGCGCUUGGUGUGCCAAUUGUCAACAACAUUGGUGACGCUCUCGUGGACCGUAUCAAGCGGGCCUACGAGAACGAUGAGGACUGGAAAGCUGUCAUACUCAUUCCUCUGAUGCCCGGUUUCCAGAACACCGUGGCUGAGAAGGAGGGUACCAGCGUCCGGCUCAUCAUGGAGUGUCAAUACCGAAGUAUUUGUCGUGGGGAGUCGUCGAUAUUUGGAAGACUACGAGCUGCCGGUAUUGACCCUGAAGAUUACAUCCAAUUCUUUAGCCUACGGCAAUGGGGCAAGAUCGGCCCUACUCAGAUGCACGUCACCGAACAACUCUACAUUCAUGCCAAACUCAUCAUUGUUGAUGACCGCGUAGCUUUGAUAGGCUCGGCCAACAUCAAUGAGAGAUCCAUGUUGGGCUCUCGUGACUCCGAAUGUGCUGCAGUCGUUAGGGACACUGACCUGAUAUGGUCGACAAUGGGAGGAAAACCUUUCCAAGUCGGCCGUUUUGCACAUACUCUACGCAUGCGGCUCAUGAGGGAACAUCUCGGUCUUCCUGUGGAUGAGAUUAUCGAGGAAGAGAGAAAUGCGGAUGAAGAAGCUUUCCAGUCCGAUAUGGACCGAAUCUACCACAGCGACUCAGAUGGGUCAGAAAGACGGCCAGGGGCUAACGGAGAGUUGGACGUACCGCGUCCGCCAAUCGAGAGGGGUCACAGCAUUAAUCACGACGUCGACCUCCAGCGAAUGGACAACAGCGAUCAAUCUUCCUCCAAAUCCUCCAAUUCAGAUUCGAAUGUCGUUGACGCAGAGAGUGUGGACGCACCCGCCGACCCCAAAAAGAAGCAGGAGGUCGAGGGCUUUGGUCCAGACCACUGGAAAGAGGCACAGAAGGAUGGUCUAGACCAGGGCAGAGACACUGUUGUCAUUGGUGGCCGAGAAUACCUCGCCCGUGAUAUCUCAGCCGAGGGCAAGGGAACCAUCGAGAGCCCAGCCCCUAGCCAGAAAUCCGAAAGCCCGCGGCCUACUGCAACGAACUCGGUCGGAGAGGGUCCUAGCAGAGCUGUAAUGCCUCCUCUCGACCGCCGGAAUACCGACCAAUUAGGGCUUCCCAGGGCCAACCAGCUUCCCGACCUCCCACAAAUGGAUGAUACGGAUAUUGGCGGGCCCCCUCUUCUCGAUGCAGAUGGGGAACCGAUUCUGUCUGUGUCGCAUCCUCUAGCCGCUGAGAUCAAGCCUGCCGCGAUUGACAAGGACUGCAUGCGUGACCCGUUGGAUGCGGCAUUCUACGAGGACAUUUGGACCCGGGUUGCGGACAACAACACCAAAAUUUACAGAGAGGUAUUUCACUGCAUGCCAGAUAAUGAGGUGAGGGAGUGGGAUCAGUACACGGAGUUCAUAGACCACCAAAAACGACUGCAAGUGGCACAAGAAGGACCACAGAAGAGCGAACAGAGCGAACAAGCGGAAGCCAAUGGAUCUGAAAAGCCACCUCCGGAAGCCGCGCCUGAGGAAGGUGGCAACUCGGCCGCUGGUCUGCCUCUCCCCCCAACUCGCUCUUUUUCUAGUAAGUUCACGGGUAAAGGCAGUGGUGGUAAGACCUUGCCUCCAUUGGCGGGAGGUCUGAAAAGGUCCCCAACGGAGAAUGAAUCACCAGCGCAUCGCCAUGCUCGACAGGACUCCAGGCUCGACGUGGAAAGAGCUGCUGCGGCCGCGCGUGCCAUCAACUCGCCUAUGGGGAGCCCUGCCUUCAGCCCACCGGCCAACAGCCCUUUUGUUCCAGCGUCGGCGGCAUCUGUGGACCCAGAAAAGGCAGCGGCAGCCCGCGAGGACAGCAACACAAAUGGCAGCACAGUGGAACCCUCGUCCAAGCUCGUAGUGCCGGAGGCUAGCAGGGAGCGCACGCCUGAGAAGCGCGACCGUCGCACCACCUUCAGCACACCCGACACGCCAACCAUCUCGGAGAAGCCACCGGGCAGCUCGGCUUCGACGACCCCGAUGCCCGGGGUGCAGGGAUCUGUCAAGCGGCGCAAACGAGCCAACACCAGAGGAAGCCGUCACCGGCCUCCUGUUGAGGAGCUUUUGACCAGGGAGCAGCGUGAGGGCUUGCUGGGGAUGGUCCAGGGUCACCUCGUGGUGUUCCCGUACGACUGGCUUGUCGGCGCUGAUGAGAAGGGUAACUGGCUUACAUUGGUGGACCAGGCUGCUCCGUUGCAAAUCUAG